AUGGAAUUGCUGAUAAUAUGCCUUUCCUUGUGGAUAUUGCAAUGCAAUUCAGUGUACGCGGACUCCAUCAUCCACAUUGGUGCCAUAUUCGAGGAGGGCUCAGCGAGGGAUGACGAAGUCUUCCAGCUGGCCGUCUCCGACCUCAGUCUCAGCGAUGACAUUUUGCAGAGCGAGAAAAUAACCCACUCCAUAAAACUCAUCGAGCCGAACAACCCGUUUCAGGCCGUCCAGGAGGCCUGUGAGCUGAUGACCCAGGGCAUCCUGGCCCUAGUCACCUCCACGGGCUGUGCCUCGGCCAGUGCACUCCAGUCUCUUACGGACGCCAUGCACAUCCCCCACCUGUACAUCCAGCGCCACAGUGAGGGCUCGCCACGCACCGCCUGCCAGCUCAACCCUAGCCCCGGCGGGCAGCGCUACACCCUGGCCGCUCGCCCUCCCGUGCGUCUCAACGACGUCAUGCUCACCCUGGUGGAUGAGCUGCGCUGGCAGAAGUUCAUCAUCUUCUACGACAAUGACUACGAUAUCCGUGGGCUGCAGGGUUUCCUGGACCAGACGUCCAGGCAGGGGAUGGAUGUGUCUCUGCAGAGGGUGGACAGGAACAUCAGUAAGGUGUUCUCCAACCUCUUCACCACCAUGAGGACAGAAGAGCUGAACCGCUACCGGGACACACUCCGCAGAGCCAUCCUGCUGCUCAGCCCCAGAGGAGCACAAGUCUUCAUACAGCAGGCGGUGGAAACCAACCUGGCAUCCAAGGACAGUCACUGGGUGUUUGUGAAUGAGGAAAUCAGCGACACUGAGAUUAUGGAGCUGGCCCAUAGUGCUUUGGGCCGGAUGACUGUGAUUCGCCAGAUCUUCCCCAUGUGGAAGGACAGCAGCACGCGCUGCAUGAGGAGCAACCACCGCAUGUCCUCCCUGCUGUGCGACCCCCAGGAAGGCUACCUGCAGUCCCUGGAGGUGUCCAACCUCUACCUGUAUGACAGCGUGCUGAUGCUGGCCAACGCCUUCUACAGGAAGUUGGAGGACAGGAAGUGGCACAGCAUGGCUAGCCUCAACUGCAUCAGGAAGUCCACCAAGCCUUGGAACGGAGGCUGGUCCAUGCUGGAGACCAUCCAGAAGGGCAGCGUCUUGGGUUUGACCGGAACCAUGGACUUCAAGGAGAAUGGUUCCAACUCCCACGUCCAGUUUGAGAUCCUGGGUUCCAGUUUUAGCGAGACGUUCGGAAAAGAUGUGAAGAGGCUGGCUACGUGGGACUCAGUCCACGGUCUGAAUGGCAGUCUGAAGGAAAGCCGUAUUGAAAACGGCAUGCAGGGCCUAACCAUCAAAGUUGUCACUUUGCUGGAGGACCCUUUUGUGAUGGUGGCUGAGAACAUCUUGGGCCAGCCUAAGAGAUACAAAGGCUUCUCCAUUGAUGUUCUGGAUGCCCUGGCCAAGAUCCUGGGCUUCAAGUAUGACAUCUACCAGGUGGCUGAUAGCAAGUACGGCUCCCAGCUCCCCAACGGCUCCUGGAAUGGCAUGAUUGGAGAGCUCAUCAACAAGAGAGCUGACUUGGCCGUCUCAGCCAUCACCAUCACCCCGGAGCGGGAGAACGUGGUGGACUUCAGUAAGCGCUACAUGGAUUACUCCGUGGGGAUCCUCCUCCGCAAGCCUGAGGAGAAGAUCAACAUCUUCUCGCUCUUCGCACCCUUUGACCUGGCUGUCUGGGCCUGCAUUGCCGCUGCCAUCCCCGUGGUGGGCCUCCUCAUCUUCCUGCUUAGCAGGAUGCAGUCGCUGCGUACCCAGAAUCCUCCAGGGGCACCACAGCAGCCUGGCGGAGUGUCCAGCUCCCUCCACAGCGCCAUCUGGGUUGUGUAUGGAGCUUUCGUGCAUCAAGGGGGCGACAACGUGGUGAGCUCUGUGGCACUGAGGAUCGUUAUGGGCAGCUGGUGGCUCUUCACACUCAUCGUGUGUUCCUCCUACACAGCCAACCUGGCAGCCUACCUCACCGUGUCCCGGAUGGACAACACUGUCCGAACGUUCCAGGACCUGUCGAGACAGAUGGAUGUGUCUUACGGGACGGUGAGGGACUCUGCAGUCUACAACUACUUCAGGAACAAGGGAACCAAUCCUCUGGAACAGGACAGCACGUACGCAGAGCUCUGGAGAACCAUCAGCAAGAACAACGGACAAGACUAUUCAGUUUCUAGUCCUUCAGAGGGCAUUCGCAAGGCCAAGAAGACUCCGUAUGCCUUCCUGUGGGACAUGGCGGUGGUGGAAUACGCUGCCUUGACGGACGACGAGUGUACCAUCACGGUGGCAGGCAGCCGUAUGAGUAGCAAGGGCUACGGCAUAGCCAUGCAGCACGGCAGCCCCUACAGAGACCUCUUCUCUCAGAAGAUCCUAGAGCUGCAGGAGAAGGGGGACCUGGACAUCCUCAAACAGAAGUGGUGGCCUCGCACGGGCCGCUGUGACCUCAACAGCCACUCCAGCGCCCAGCCAGACGGACGCUCCCUCAAGCUGCACAGCUUCGCGGGUGUCUUCUGCGUCCUGGCCGCGGGGCUGCUGCUGGCCUGCCUGGUGGCCGGCUUGGAGGCCUGGUGGAACAGCAACCGCUGCCGGCAAGAGCAGCCCAAAGAGGACGACAAGGAGGUGAAUCUGGAACAGGUGCACCGGCGUAUGAACAGUCUUAUGGACGAGGACAUGGCUCACAAGCAGAUCCCCGGCCCGUCUAUCGAGAUCUCUGCGCUGGACAUCGGCAGCAUGCAGCCCAGCCAGCAGCUGGAGUCUCGGCGGGACUACCCGGCCUCGGCCCUGUCUGUGACCACCUUUCUCCCGGGGGAGGGGGGUCAUCAUGGGGGUCCAGGGGGCCUGGGUCGGACACUAGCCCCCCAGGGUCCUGGCAGCACCCCCCUCCCCCACCCUCUCAGCAGCUCCACCAUCCCCUCCAUUCAGUGCAAACACAGGGCCCCCAACGGGGGUCUGUUCAGGCAGAGCCCCGGCAAGACGCCCAUGCCCAUGUCCUACCAGGGGGUGUCCGCAGGACCCAUACCAGAAGCCAUUGAGCCAACUCACAGUACGUCCAUAUAAGGGAGGCGUCAGUCACCUCAACUCAGCUGAGUUGAGAACCCCCAUCCCCCCACCCACCCCUGCCACUUGGUUUUUGAGGAAGGGAUGAUGGGGGGGGAAAUGUAAUUGAAAAAAAAAGAGAAAAAUGUGUAUUAAACAAACAACUACAAUUUUUAUUACUUCUUCAGAAACCACAAUGUCGUCAAGAGAAAUUGCUAAUUUUUGUUGUAUAUAUUUGUAAAUACUGAGAGAACGAAGUGAGUUAAAAGUGUAUUUUGAAUAUUCUCAAUUUUUGAAGUUGAGUUAUAAAAAACAAACAAAACAAGAUAAAAAGUUAUAUAAAAAAAAAACGACUGUUUGAAUGGCUUUGUAAAUUUUGUUCAAUAUGAAUAAUGACGCAGAUUCAUUGUGAUUGUUUUCUAAGUGCCGAAAUAAAAGAUGUCCCUCCACACUUCAUCAUUAUCGUAGAUGACCAUCCAGCACCA